CUAGGGUCUGCCUUUUUGCUAGUUUAAAGGUAUAAAAUGCCCGGUAGAUAAGAUUCUGCCUCUUUUCCCAUAGCCAACCUACAUACGAAGGCUGAUGAGACAAGCGCUAAUAAGGAAGCCUUCUUGAAGGAACCUCGUUCAUUUGAUAUUUCUUGGCCCAAGAGGAAUUAUGUUGGCCCAACUCUGCCUUAUCUGGAGCUUGGCUCUUCAGACUGUAGCAGGGGAUGUGGUUCAAGAGGCUACAGAUUUUCUGAUGCAAUUUAAUGCCCGUGCAGAAGACCUGUCUUAUGAAAAUUCACUUGCUUCAUGGAAUUAUAACACCAACAUCACGGAUGAGAAUGCCAGAAAGAUGAACGCAGCAGGCUCCAUAUGGUCAAAGUUCUAUGAAGAAGUCUCCCAAAAUGCCAGCCGUUUCAAUGUGGAUGACUUUUCCGAUUACGCUCUCAAACUCCAACUUCAGUCUCUACAGAGCAAAGGGUCAUCUGUAUUGCCUCAAGAAAAACUUGACCAACUCAAUGCUGUUUUAGGAAAAAUGAGUACCAUCUAUAGUACCGGGACUGUGUGCAAGCCAGAUGAUCCUUUUAAGUGUUUCCCCCUGGAACCAGGUUUGGAUGAAACCAUGGCUGUCAGCACCGAUUACUUAGAAAGACUAUGGGCUUGGCAAGGCUGGAGAGCUGAUGUUGGCAAGAAGAUGAGGCCUUUAUAUGAAAGUUAUGUCCAACUGAAGAAUGAGGUUGCAAGAGGGAAUGGUUACGCUGACUAUGGAGCUUACUGGAGAGGAGAUUAUGAAAUAAAAUUCCCAGCAGAGUAUCAAUACAGCAGUGACCAGCUGAUUGCUGAUGUGGAGCGUACAUUUGAAGAAAUAAAACCUUUGUAUGAGCAGCUGCAUGCCUACGUAAGGCAUAAUCUCCAGAGGACCUAUACCUCGGACCGCAUUGACCCAAAUGGAUGUCUUCCUGCUCAUUUACUUGGUGACAUGUGGGGUAGGUUUUGGACAAAUUUAUACCCCUUAAUGGUUCCUUAUCCAAAUAAACCAAACAUUGAUGUGUCUUCCGCCAUGGUGGAGAAGAACUGGAAUGUAACAACCAUAUUUAAAGCUGCAGAAAGUUUCUUCGUCUCCGUUGGACUCUUUGAAAUGACUGAAGGUUUCUGGAACAAUUCCAUGCUUGUGGAACCCGGGGAUGGCAGGAAAGUUGUCUGUCACCCCACAGCUUGGGAUAUGGGGAAAGGAGACUACAGGAUCAAGAUGUGCACCAAAGUGACAAUGGAUGACUUCUUGACAGCACACCACGAAAUGGGGCACAUUGAAUACGAUAUGGCCUAUGCCAACCUUUCUUACCUGCUAAGAAGCGGUGCGAACGAAGGCUUCCAUGAAGCUGUAGGAGAGAUCAUGUCCCUUUCUGCAGCCACCCCCAAACAUUUGAAAUCUCUCGGCCUUCUGGAGCCCACCUUUCAAGAAGACAGUGAGACGGAUAUAAAUUUCCUGUUGAAGCAAGCGCUCACUAUUGUUGGAACGUUGCCUUUCACUUACAUGCUAGAGAAAUGGCGGUGGAUGGUAUUUUCCGGCGAAAUCCCAAAAGAACAAUGGAUGAAGAAAUGGUGGCAGAUGAAGCGAGAGAUAGUAGGUGUAGUGGAACCAGUGCCCCACGAUGAGGAAUAUUGUGACCCUGCAGCUCUCUUCCAUGUAGCCAAUGACUACUCUUUCAUAAGAUAUUACACAAGGACAAUUUACCAGUUCCAGUUUCAAGAAGCACUUUGCAAAGCUGCAGGCCACACAGAUGAACUUUACAAAUGUGACAUUACUAAUUCCACAGCAGCUGGUGACAAGUUGGGGGCCAUGCUUGCCUUAGGAAGAUCACGGCCUUGGACCGAGGCAUUAGAAUCAGUGACGGGAGAGAAGACAAUGAAUGCAAAACCAUUGCUCCACUACUUUCAGCCUCUCCGAUUGUGGCUGGAGAAAGAGAACGCUGGCAGACGGAUUGGCUGGGAUACAGCCUGGACUCCAUAUUCUGAUUAUGCAAUCAAAGUGAGGAUCAGUCUGAAAACAGCCCUGGGAAGCAAUGCAUACCCGUGGAAUGACAACGAAAUGUAUUUAUUCAAGGCAACAAUUGCCUAUGCCAUGAGGAAGUACUUUUUGGACGAAAAAAAGGAAACCAUAGCAUUUCAAUCAACGGAUGUCCAUGUAGGUGACGUGACGCCACGAAUCUCCUUCGUUUUUACUGUCAGCAUGCCCAGUAAUGGCACUAAUGUCGCAGAUUUUGUUCCCAAAUCUCAAGUGGAAAGCGCAAUCAGAAUGUCUCGAGGACGCAUCAAUGAAGCUUUCCAACUGGAUGACCAAACUCUGGAAUUUGUUGGCAUUCUUCCAACAUUGGCGACACCUUACGAACCCCCAGUCACUAUAUGGCUUAUAAUUUUUGGAGUCGUCAUGGGUGCUGUAGUGGUUGGAAUUAUUGCCUUGAUCAUCACAGGGCAGAGGAACCGAAGAAAGAGGAGAGCAGCAGAAAACCAGUUAGUCCCAACUGCAGCAGUCAAUCCGUAUGAGGAAGUUGGAAAAGACAAUCACGCAUUUCGAUCUGAAACAGCAUUCUAAGAAUGAAACCAGAAAAGCUAAUAUAUGUCUUAUUUAUCACUGUGUGUCAAUGCCAGCAAUACAACACACGGAACUGUAUUGCUUUGGAUUGUGUUUUAAAAAAUAUAAAGGCUCUGUGUAUGCAGGAGCAGAUGGGACAGAGCACAUCUGAGCACCUAUGCAGAACUGAUUGCUGGUGCUUAUAUUUAGGCAGACGAAUCACCUGUUUUCAGAAAAGAAGGCAUGAACUAGAGACCUACCCUUCUCUAUGGACAAAUGAGCUACUCAGCCCCUCCAACAAAGGAAUAGGCACCCUCAAUGCUUAUAAUUCCAACCAUCUCUUCAGCAUUGCACAUGUGGCUCUUGCUCCAGGAUAUCUGAAUGCUACAUCCUGAAAUCCAGUCCUAGAAACCCAGAAGGGCAGGAUUCUUGAUCAAGGCAAAACAGCCACACACAUAAGCCAAAGUUAUCAGGCCCCAGCUACAGGAGACAAUCAAUCUGUAAGAAGAUCUCUUGUCUCUUCAAACGUUUGCAAAAAUAACAGCGCAGGCCCUUUCCCCUGAUGAUAAUCUCCCUGCCCCUCACUGGGAGUGGCUAUUUGCCCCAGUAAGGAACCCUUAUGGGCAUGGUUGCAAACAGUGGGGAACAUCUUGAAAUAUUGCUGACAACCUGCCAUUCAUUUAGGUGCAUUUAUGUCUCCAUUCUAAACUCUUGUUUUCAACAGUCUUCCCUGAGUUUUUAUCCAAACCAAAUGCUGAUGUCGUGGAUGUCGGUAUAAGACAGUCAACCAGGUAGCAAGCUUGAAACGCCUUUUGUUUUUAUAAAAGUCAGUGGAGCCAGUUAUGUGUUAACCUUGAAGCACUUAUUAUUAUUAUUUUAUUUUUAAAUCCAAUUGUAAGAAUUGUUUUCCUUUUAUUCUAAUAUCCACAGCUGCAGAGAUUUGGUUUUAGCUUAACUAGAGACACGGGUAUGAUAUGUCCAAAAGAACACCAGUAAAGAUAUUUCUAAGAUUAUAACAAUUGCAAAAUUCUAUAGAUAAGGAGUAAUACGUUCAUGAUACUGUACAAUAAUCUGACUGCUGCGCACAAGCGGAUGUUUCUAACUAAAU